AUGGGUUCUUUAUACUCUAGUUUAUUUCAGAAUUGGUGUUUUAUGAAUAAUAAUCCAUGGCUGGAUAAAGGAAGAAUAGUAGUAGCAUGGCAGCCAAGUAUAUUUGAUCUGGAUAUCAGAAUCUGUUCUGCUCAAAUGAUUCAUGGUAUUGGUCAUUCUAAGCAAAGCAAGGAAAGGUUUAGUAUUACGAUUUUGUAUGGGUUUAAUGAAGACAGUAAAAGAAUGCAGCUGUGGGAAGAUUUAAAAGAAGUCUCAGCUCAAGUUCAGGGGCCGUGGCUAUUAGUUGGAGAUUUCAACGAUAUAUUGCUCUCAAAUGAAAGAUUUGGAAGGAGAAGUACCAAAGCCCCUACCCAAGAAUUUAGAGACUGUGUGGAUCAUUGUCAACUAGAAGAUUUAAAAUAUUCUGGGGCCUUCUUUACCUGGAAUAAUAAGCAACAGCCGGACUUCAAAGUUUUUUCUAAGAUUGACCGUGCCUUGGUCAAUUCGACAUGGGUUGAUUCUUUUCAUUUUUCUGAGGCGGUUUUCUUACCUGAAGGUACUUUUGAUCAUAGCCCCAUCUUAGUUUCCUUACACCAAGAUGUUGUUUGUGGGAAAAAACCUUUUAGGUACUUUAGUAUGUGGAAAGAUGCUGAGAAUUUUGAUGGAAAAAUAGCUCAAAGCUGGAAGGAAGGAAUUGUAGGAAUUGAUAUGUUCAAACUGACAGUGAAGUUAAAGAGACUGAAACAGGUACUUAAGAGUAUUAAUAAGGAGGGUUUUAAUGAUCUUCAAAAGAAAGCAAUGGCAGCUAAAGAAGCCUUAUUGGAGUUGCAGGGCAGACUCAAUAAUGAUCCUCUUAACAGUCAUCUUCUGCUCAAGGAACAAGCAACCAGGGAGAAGUAUACUACAAUUUCUAAAGCCUAUUCUCUUUUUUUAGCUCAAAAAGCUAAAACCUCUUGGGCUAAAAAUGGAGAUGAUAAUACAGCCAUAUUUCAUGCUUCUUUUAGGGCAAGGAGGACCCAAAAUCGUGUCUCUUCCAUAGAAGAUGAUCAGGGUAAUUGGUGCGAUACACCAGGAAGCGUCCAACAUGCAUUUCUGCAAUUUUUCCAGCAGCUGUUAGGCUCUAAAAUGCAUCAAAGAACUCAGGUGAACCAGAGCAUCAUUGAUCUUGGACCAAAGAUCACGGACAGGCACAUAAAUAUCCUUCAAGCAAAUUUACAGCUCAAGAAGUAA